UUUUAAGGCAGAGAGGAAGAUUUGCAGGAUUUUCCCUUUAUAUAUCCAAUACUACAAAGAAAGAAGAUGGUUCACUUUGCUACAAAGAUGGUCCUGACUUACCUCCCUUAGAUUUUAACACAACUUGUGUCGGAAAUGCUCGUUACGUUAUUUUCUAUAAUGAAAGAUUACCAGAGGUUGUUUAUCCUAAAGAAUAUGCAAUGUCUUCCUUUACGGAAUUAUGUGAAGUGAUUGUCCUAGGCUGUUUGAAAGAAGGAGUCUACGGCGUUGACUGUGAUUUGCAGUGUCCAGAAAAUUGUCAAGAAAAAAGAUGUAAUAUUGUAAACGGAACAUGUCUUGGUUGUCGACCCGGUUGGAUUGGAGAAUUUUGUGAUACAAAAUGUUUGACGGAGUACUAUGGUCUUCAGUGUGAGUAUACAUGUUCAGGAAACUGCAUGGAUGGCGUUACUUGUAAUCAGGUGACUGGUCAAUGCGAUAAUGGAUGUAAAUCUGGAUGGACAGGAAGACAGUGUAAUGAAACAUGUAAAGCUGGAAAAUACGGCCAAAAUUGUUCCGCUUACUGUAGUGUUAAUUGCCUUAACAAUGAUCCGUGUAACAAGACAGAUGGGCACUGUGACCUUGGUUGUCUCCCUGGGUUCACAGGUGACCUCUGCAAUAAAGAAGUCAAUGUAUUCAUAACGAAACUUGUAGCCCUUCUAGCGGUCUCUGUGAAAAUGGUUGUUCCCCCGGUUACUAUGGACCUCAAUGUCGUAAAGUUUGCCCUGAUGGUACAUUUGGAAAUAAUUGCUCUGAGACUUGUUCCAGGAAUUGCAUUGGUAUUUGCAGUCACGUGGAUGGUUCCUGUAAUUGUGUUCCUAGUUAUACAGGAUCACCGAACUGCACGACUGGCAACAUCAUUGUGUGAGUUCAGAGAGGAGAUCGCUACAGGCGGAUCAAAUGGAUAA